AUUGUUGAGAGGAUAGUUCGAUUCGGUUUGUAUAUAGUGAUGAGCGUAAUUCCAUUCUCAUCAUACAUUGAAUCGGCAAUUCCUCGUCGUCCAAGCAGUGCAUACACCGAGGCCGAGAAGGACCUGGAGCGCGAUGCAAUCGAGAUGAUCACAAGUCGUGGCUAUCCAGUCGAGGAACACUACGUCACCACGCCCGACGGAUACAUCCUCAUGCUGCACCGCAUCACUGGCCCACGCGCAUUCACCUCUCCACUCGACUCACCACCAGCGUCGCCGCGCGACCUCGGCGUCAGCCACAGCGAGCUGUUCGAACCGUCGGGCAAGCCAGCCGUGCUGAUCAUGCACGGCUUCAUGCAGACGUCCGAGGCGUGGCUGUGUCGCUCGGACCCCAACGACAGUCUGCCAUUCAUCCUGGCCGACGCAGGAUACGACGUUUGGCUGGGCAACAAUCGUGGCAACAAGUACUCAUUCAAGCAUACAACUCUUUCACCUGACCAGGAGAAGUUCUGGAAUUGGUCACUCGACGAGCUGGUUCGUUACGACCUGCCCAGCAUCGUGGACUUUAUCAUCGACAGGACCAAGCUCAAGUCGCUCACAUACAUUGGCUUCUCCCAGGGCACAGCCCAAGGAUGGGCUGCACUCAGCACCAACACAUCAUUGGCAAGCAAAGUCGACCUCUUCAUUGCGCUGGCACCAGUUGCAACUGUGAAGGGAUUCAGCAAUCCAAUGAUUGAUUCAUUGGCAAGGAGUCGCCCAGAUUUCAUCUUCUUGUUGUUUGGCAAGAAGUCGAUGCUGCCCUCGACGACUUUCUGGCGCAACACACUGCCCAAGCACUUCUUUGUCGCAUGUAUCGACUGGGCAAUCAACUUCCUCUUCAACUGGCAGACGACCAACCUGUCGCCCGAGGAGAAGCCCAUGCUCUACUCACACAUCUUCUCGACGAGCAGCGUCAAGUCCGUCGUACACUGGUUCCAGAUCAUCCAGACCAAUCGAUUCCAGAUGUUUGACGACAUGCUGCUGGGCAUCACACCCAACGAGAACUCGAACCAACCGCACAGAUACCACGGCCGCGUCAUCCCCGGCUACCAUCCCGGCCAGAUACUCACAAAGUGCGCGCUGUUCUUUGGCGGUGCCGACACGCUGCCCAACACCAAGGCUCUGCUCAGACACUUGCCACGCGACAAGGUAGUGUUUGUCCACGAGGAGGAGACCUAUGAACAUCUUGACUUUAUGUGGGCCAAGGAUGCCAACAAGAAGAUCUUCUCAAAGAUCCUCAAGUUGAUGAAGUCCAACAACAAUACUGUACUAUCCGAUUCU